CACUCGCUCGCCUCCCGCCCAGCAGCAGCAUCAACAGCAGCAGGUGAGCGCUGACGUCACCAGGAGGAGCCUCUGACGGACAUUCGGCGUUCCGGCAGCGGCUGCUCGCCAUGGACAGGUGGCUGCCUCGACCGCGAAGUAAAUCCCGCUGAGCCCGAAGCCAGGAGUCGCGCGAGUCCAAUCAGCUUUUCCAUUCUGCCAACAUGGCCAGCGAUGACCGUGUGGCUAUCCUGUCUGACGACGAGGAGGACCAGAAGAGGAAGUAUGUCCUGGCAGAGCCUUUUAACACGCUGUCACUGCAGCAGACCCCCGAGCCCCCAGCAGCACCCCCGACGCCGGCCACGCCGGAGUCCUCAGACGGGGACAUGGACUGGCUGGAGAGGCGCUGCUUGAACAUCAACAACGACCUCCUGGUCUCCAAGGUCUUCUAUUUCUUCUUCUUUUCGGCUUACGGCUCCCUGCACCCCUUGCUGUCUGUGUACUAUAAGCAGCUGGGCAUGCUGCCCAGUCAGAGUGGCCUGCUGGUGGGCAUCAGGUACUUCAUUGAGUUCUGCAGCGCCCCCUUCUGGGGGGUGGUGGCCGACAGGUUCCGCAAGGGGAAGGUGGUCCUGCUCUUUUCCGUUCUCUGCUGGAUCCUUUUCAACUCCGGGAUUGGCUUUGUGAAGCCGGCCACCAUGAUGUGUGUCCUAAAGAAUCCCACCACGAGUCCCGCCAACCUGACGUCGAGCACCACCGGCCCCCCCAUUGCGCCCAAUGGCAGUCACGGUCGCCUGCAGAGAGACAUUGCCUUUGACCAACCGCUGCUGCCACUUCGGCGCUCGUUCAGGAGCGUGUCGGGCAAUGCCACCGACACCAGCACCACUGCGCCCGUCACCAGGCCCCCGAGCGACUACAAGCUUGAGUCUGACAGCGAGCAGGUGGAGACCAUCUUCUUACUCAUCCUGCUGGUGAUCAUCAUUGGAGAGUUCUUCAGCGCCCCGGCCCUGACCAUCGUGGACACGGUUACCCUGCAGUACCUGGGCAAGCACCGCGACCGCUACGGGCUGCAGCGCAUGUGGGGCUCUCUGGGCUGGGGGCUGGCCAUGCUGUCGGUGGGCAUCGGGAUCGAUCAUACCCACGUGCGGCCCCUGGUGGAGGGGGCUGGCUGCCUGCUGCCCGACUACAAGGACUACCGCAUCGCCUUCAUCGCCUUUGGUGUCCUGAUGACGGUGGCGCUGAUUGUGGCCACGCAGUUUCGCUUCCACCCCAGCCACUAUAAGUCGGAAGAGGAGCUCAAGGAGGCCCAGGAGAUGCCCCAGGUCGCCCGUAAUGUGCCCGAUGGGGAGGCCCCGGCAAGCGGCCAGUUCCAGUUCCGAGAGCUGGUCCGGCUGCUGUGUAGCGUCCAGUAUGGCAGCGUCCUCUUCGUGGCCUGGUUCAUGGGCUUUGGCUACGGCUACGUCUUCACCUUCCUCUUCUGGCACCUGGAGGACUUGCAAGGGACCACCACGCUGUUUGGCAUCUGCUCGGCCCUGAGCCACGUGUCGGAGCUGGCCGCGUACUUCUUCAGCCACAAGUUCAUAGAACUCGUUGGUCACAUCAGGGUGCUGUACAUUGGGCUGGCAUGCAACACGGCGCGCUACCUCUACAUAUCCUACCUGGAGAACGCCUGGAUCGUCUUGCCCAUGGAAGUACUGCAGGGUGUGACUCACGCGUCGGUCUGGGCCGCUUGCAUCUCCUACCUGAGCGCGGCAGUGCCACCCGCCUUAAGGACAUCUGCACAGGGCAUCUUGCAGGGACUGCACCUUGGCCUUGGCCGAGGCUGUGGCGCCAUGGUUGGCGGCGUCUUUGUCAACUAUUUUGAUGCUGCCAGAACAUUCCGGGGAAUCGGUAUGGCAUCGCUGGUCAUCCUCUUGAUCUUUGCUCUUAUCCAGUGGCUGUCAGGUGACAAGGAUGACGAAGAGGACAAGAUGCUGGCAGAGAACAUUCCGGUCCCGUCUAGUCCAGUUCCCAUUGCCACCAUUGACCUCGUCCCCCAGGUGAGCAGUGCAGAGCUGCCCCAGGCGGAGGCCAAGCUCCCCCUGAAGAAGACCCGGCACCAGGAGGAGCAGGAGGACGUCAACAGGCCGGCUUGGGUCAUCUCCUCGGCGCCGUGGGUCAGCAUCACCUUCUCCCUCUGCCAGGUCAAGGAGAUGAUAAAAGUGUUCAAGCGCAGCCGCGCCAACGAGCAGCAGCCCCCCCAGCGAACAAGUGAGGCGGAGGUGCCAGCGCCCACACAGGAAGCCCCCGAGGUUCGGGACGACGUCCCUGGACAAAGCCACCCAGAUGCCACGCCGGUGCCGGGAGAUGCCGCUUCCAGUCAUGCCCCAGGGACACCACCCAGCACCUCGGGCACUUGAGAUGUGGCGGCAGCCCCUGAAGAGAACUCUGCUGCCAGCCUGGGUGAGGGGGGCACGGAGCCCCGAGACGCGAGCCCCGCCUUCUCCCGACGUCAUGUGCCUUUUUAUCUCUUACUGUUGGUGGAAGUGUUUCCCGAGGGAGAAGACGGGCGCAGACGCGCCAGUGCAGAUGUCGGACUGAUUCUGUUGCCCGCUCCUUUACUUUAUAGUUUUAAGCUUCAAAUUAAAUCUGAGAAGUCAA